GCCAAGGAGGCCGCGGGGCUUUUUUUGUCAAGGAAACGCCAGUGUUGACGGCUGUGGCGUCCUUCUCCGCUUCCAACGCAACUGCCCUCUUGGCAACUUUAAGACCUGUGGACUUCAACUCCUAGAGUUCCUCAGCCAGCAAAGCUCUGGGAGUUGAAGUCCACAGGUCUUAAAGUUGCCAAGGUUGGAGACUACUGCGCACGUUUUCGCCGCCCAACGUCUCGUUCCAGCCAGACGAAGAGCCAUGCCUGUACACUGGAAGGGAUUAAGUGAGUACAAAAGAAACUUCAAAUGGAAGCAGUCAGAACAGCCUAGACUCUGCAAUUCUGCACAUGAACAAAAGUGCCGAUGGGCUGGCCUUCGAUCAGAUGAGUUUGGGAUCACAAGAGAACCAAAUUUUAUUUCCAAGAGACGAGUGCCUUAUUAUGACACACAAAUUUCAAAAUCUUUUCAAUGGAAUGGAGGUAAUGGCUUGCAGAAAGAUGCGUUAUCAGAAUUGGAAGUCAGUGAGCCAGUCGAAUUGCACAAAACUGACAGCAAGGAUGUUGAACUGAAUAAGGACCCAAUUGAGACAUUGGAUGCACCGAGAGUUCCUGAAAAACUGCAUCUCAACUCUGCAGGAUCUGGACCUGAAUCAACUGAAGCACUUAGAAGAAACAAGAAGUCAGUGCCCCAAACUCCAGUGCAUGAAAAUAAAGUAUUAGCAUCUACCAAAAAAGAAUUAGGAAAAACAGAUCAUGGGCUCAAUAGGGUUCUACAAAGGAAAGCAGGCAUGAAUAUCUCACGAUCGAGAAGCUUCCCUAGAAGUUCUGAGUACCAGAGAGAGUUUGUUUGGAAAAACCCCCAGAAGCUUUCUCCAGUCCUUGCAGCAGAUCAGUUUAUUCACAGAUCAAGUCAAUCCAUUCCUCCAUUUAAGUCUCCUGUUAUUAUUCCUGAAACUGAAUAUGAAAGGAAUUUCAAACCUUCCCCUCCUAUACAACAAUUGAAACAGUGCUUUCUGGAAAAGUGUGAAUGUCCUAGGUCCGAAUCAGUAGACAUUUCCUCUCAAGAAAAGAAUGAAAAAAGUAAAACCACUUCAAAGACACCAGAAGAUUCAAAUCAAAAUGAAUUAGAAACAAAGCAGAAAGAAGAAAAACACAAACAGAAGUUGCUGUGUUCACAUAGACGUUUUAAGAAAAUGAAUACAGAAUAUAGAUCAAAAUUCUUGUCUCCUAGUCAAUACAUUUAUAAACAAGGAGCCUGGGUACAUGUCAGAAAAAAUAUACCCUAUCAAGGUUCUCAAAACACUCUAAAUACCAUGUGGUAUGUGGAGGUGAAAGAACUUCGAGAGAAAGCAGAAGCUUAUAAGAAGAGGAUACAAGGAACCCACUUUUCCAGAGAUCAUUUAAAUCAAAUCCUGUCAGAUAAUAAUAGAUUCUGGGAUUUGUCCUCUGAAUCCACUGUGGAAGAAACCAUGAGCAACAAUAUCAGAGCACUUGACUUAGCAGGGAUCCCUGAAAACAAACUAUCUUCAGGACCUAAAAUAUUGGCACAACCUGCACAGUUGCAACAAUAUAAUGUUGGGAAUUUAGGUGUAUCAGAUGCUUCUACUAUUCCUGUCAAGCGGCGUUUAGUUUGGGAUGAAUCACAUGAUGAUGAGCAACAAGAAAAUAUGUCGCCUAUAUUAAGAGAAUGCAAAGAAGAAGAAAAUAAGCAAGAAAUUGCUGAAGUUAAAGAAAUGGGGGGAAAUGUUAACGAUGCCAGUAUAAACAAUCAAAAUUCUUCAGGAGGCAGGGCAGAUUCUUCAGAAUCUUUAAGAACACAUGGUAGGCUUCCAACUCCACAACUUAGAACGCUUGGUGGAAUCCAAAGAACACAUCAUGAUCUGACAACUCCAGCUGCAGGAGGUGCUGUUUUAGUAUUUCCUCAGAAAGGGAAGAAUUCAUCCUUCCUGCAAAUAGAAAAGGAAUCUUCAGAAAAGCAGUCUCUGGCAAAUAGUCAAGUUUCAAGAGAACAAAUAGUAGGAAAAACUUACAGGGAUGAAGAAAAAACUGUGAUUAAUUCUUCAGCUGCCGGGCUGAAAACUUUGGACCCUUUGCCUCUACGAAUGGAUCAGUACUCCAAUCAAGAUGCUUCUGGUACAAGAAACCAUGAAACAUUAAUGCAUUCCGAGCAGAUGCCUACAGUUUCAGAAACAAAGCUGGCUAAGGGUUCUACUGUACCCUAUUGGAGUCCAUUGUGUCGCAUUCAAGGAAGUCUCCGGGAUCCAGAGUUUCAGCAUAAUGGCAAUAUUGCAAGCCCUAAAAGGAGCUGGUUACAGUUACCUCUUCAGGAGCGAAACUAUCAUGAUGAAGAUGAUGAUGACCGACUGUCCCAGUUAUCUGCUCGAUCUGCUGCUUCUGGUUCUCUUGCAUCUCAGGUUCUAGAACGAGCUCAAAGAAGAAAAGAAAAUUUCUGGGGCAAGAUGUGAUUGAAUUUUGCUGUGCUUGCAAUUCGUUUUAUAGUAGAGUAUUUUAAUUUUUUCUAGAAAAAAAUAGUUAAAUACCAGGUUUUUUUUAACUAAUAAAAAAGGAAAGGAUCUGAUAUAAAAAUGCUGGAUAUUCAAAUACUCUUUUUGAUUUGGCUUAAUAGUUAAGUGCUUGAUUUGAAAUAUUAACUUAUUCAAAAUCUGUAUUCUACCUCACUGUCAAAAAAGCAUUACAAACAAAUAGAUUACAUCAUAAGCUAUUUUUACUUAAUGAAUUCCAAAGGACUCCAUAUCACUUUUAAAAAGCAGUGAAAUGGUGCCGUAUUACAAGUUUCAAAAAGUCUUUGAUCUUCUAACAGAAAUGAACAUUAAACAUAGCCAACA